UUAUGGACCACUCGGUCUGGAAUACGGACCGCCGAAUUACAUAUAACCUUUUUUAUUCCUUAAUUAUUAAGCCUUCCCUUUCUAAAGCAAUUUGUGAACUCUUUGGGAGUAACUGAAACCCACCCUCUGCAGCUGCACAGCCACACAGAAUUGAAUUCACAAUCUGUUAUGAUGGAAUACAAAAGAGUAUAUAAAUGUUUGCAGGAGAUAUUUCCAGAGAUUGAUUCUCGGGUUCUAAGAGCUGUUUCCAUUGAACACCGUAAGGAUCCCGAUGCAGCUGUUGAGGCUGUUCUUUCGGAGGUCAUCCCGUUUCUAACUGAGAGAACCAAUUCAUCUCCCAUUCUAUCAUCCCCUAACAGAGUAUCUGUAGUUAAAACGUCUUCGGCUGCAGUGGAUUCGAGUAAAAUGUUUCUGGCAAAUGAUAGUAAGUCGCCAAGAAUGGUACCAUUUGAUGAAAAGACGAAUGAAUUUUCAUCCUAUGAUGCUAAAGAUGGGAAUGGCCAACACCAUGAAUCUUGUUAUUCCGCUGGACAGCGUCAUGAUGUUGAAGACAGUACUAGUGGCAAUUUGAUGGCAUUUGAGAUCGGUGAAAGUGAUGUAUCUUAUAAUCCCAUUCCCUUCCAAAGAAAUCCUGAACUUGCUGGUGAAUGUUGUGAUGCUGAUAAGUGUGAAUCCUCUGCAAUUCAAGAACCUGUUUCCUCUAAAGUACAUGAAAAGUGUGCUUCUGAUUCGCAUGAAGAAAGGGAAGAUGUUUUUGUAGAAUGUAUGAGUGCGCCUCUAGUUAAUAUGGAUGGUUUUACAAGUGAGGAGUGUAACAUCGCGGCACAUAAUCGUGCACUCUUUAAAGAAUCCUCCUGUUUUGAUUCUAUAAAUCAUUCUUCUACAUCAAUUGUACAAGAUGCUGAGAACAGUGAGCAGCUGGUAGUUGUUGAGCCAGAAAGGCACACAGUUGGUCUUGAAGAAAUAGGGCUUAAAAGUUAUGUAAAUGCCGUCCCUGAUAUAAAUCUCACUAGUGAAAUGAUCGACACUCACUCAGAAUCUGUCCCCAAUCCUGUAGUUACUCGUUCUGGUCAUAUUUUUUCCAUUGAUCUUCUAGAAGAUAUAAUUACUGAAGCAAGAUCUAACAAGAAAAACAUGUUUGCCGCAAUGGAGUCUCUUAUGUGUUUAAUGAAAGAGGUCGAACUUCAAGAGAAAGCUGCAGAACAGGCAAAGGAAGAAGCUUCCAUUGGAGGACGUGGCAUACUUGAUAGAGUGGAUCAUCUGAAACAAAUGCUAAGACACGCUAAGGAAGCAAAUGACAUGCAUGCUGGAGAAGUGCAUGGUGAGAAGGCUAUCCUGGCCACUGAAGUGAAAGAGCUACAGUCUCGCCUUCUUAGCAUGGCAGAUGAAAGGGACAGAUCUCUUGCUGUUCUUGACGAGAUGCGACAAAAUCUUGAGGCACGUCUAGAAGCUGCUGAGAGAGAGCGGCAAGCUGCUGAGCUUGACAAGAUACAAAAGGAACAGCUUGCACAGAAUGCUCUGACUGAACAAGAACGCAUUAUGGAGAAAGUUGUGCAAGAGGCAUACAUUUUGAAGGAAGAGGCAGAAGAGAAUUCCAAAUUGCGAGAGUUCCUCAUUGAUCGCGGCCUUGUUGUAGAUAUGCUGCAAGGAGAGAUAUCUGUGAUAUGCCAGGAUAUCAGGUUACUCAAAGAGAAGUUCGAUAAUGGCGUUCCGCUAAGCAAAUCAUUUUCUUCCAGUCAGACAAGCUGCAUUUUAGCUUCCUCAACAAAUUCAUCUUCAAGAAGUGUGGCACUUGAGCCUGCAGAUCAAGCUGCUGACCAUACAAAUUCAUCAGAUCAAUGGCCCAGGAAGAUUGACCUAACAUUUCCGGUUUGUGCAGUGGAAACCGGAGAUAGGGGACAUGAUAAAGAUGAUAAUACGGAUGAAGAUUGGGAAAUUUUUGACAAGGGAGAGUUUUGCAUGUGAAAGGGAAAUGCUGCAUAGCAUUGAGAGCCAGUCAUCCUUGCUGAACUGCCUUUUGUUAAAUUAUGGGAACUCGUAUGGAAUGUUAGUCUCUUGCGUUUUUGGUACAUGUAUUCUGUGCAAACCAAAGAGGAGGCAAUUUCGGGCCAUCUAAUUCCCCACAUAUAGAAGUUAAAAUGCCUCCCAGAAUAGUUCUUGUCCGUGUCUACUCAUGUAUAUAAUUUUUUUUAAACACUCAAGUGCGGCGCAAAACUAGAAGUAUGUGUUAUGGAACGGUGGG